AUGAUGCUUGAACAAGAGAUUACUGCCCCCAAUGGGGUUGUAUACAUCCAGCCCACCGGUCUGUUCAUCAACAACCAGUGGGUGAAAUCAUCCAACGGCCAGACAUUUGCCUCGAUCAAUCCCGCAACCGAGGCAGAGAUUGUCUCUGUUUACGCGGCCACAACGGACGACGUGGAUGUCGCUGUGCAGGCAGCACGCACUGCCUUUGAAGGCGACGCCUGGCAGAGCAUCGUGGGCACCGCCCGAGGCGCCCUGCUCUGGAGACUCGCCGAGCUGAUCGACCGGGAAAAGAACGUGCUGGCGACCAUCGAGGCCAUGGACAACGGCAAGCCGUACUCCAGCGCCCUGGGCGACGUGGACGAAGCCUCCGGCGUGCUGCGGUACUACGCCGGGUGGGCUGAUAAACACUACGGCCAGACCAUGGAAACAUCGCGGACCAAAGUGACUUAUACAGUCCGUGAGCCAAAGGGAGUUUGCGGGCAGAUCAUUCCAUGGAACUACCCGCUGGCAAUGGCGGGCUGGAAGAUCGGUCCAGCCAUCGCGUGUGGCAAUACGGUCGUCCUUAAAGCUGCAGAACAGACUCCCCUAUCGGUGCUUUAUUUGGCCAACCUGGUCGUCGAGGCAGGCUUCCCCCCCGGCGUGGUGAAUAUCAUCAAUGGCUACGGCUAUGAAGCAGGCGCUGCGCUCGUUCAGCACCCCGAAGUCGACAAGGUCGCGUUCACAGGCAGUACCGCGACUGGGCGGCAGAUCAUGAAGAUGGCGAGCGCGACAUUGAAAGACCUCACGCUGGAGACUGGCGGCAAGAGCCCGCUGAUCCUCUUUGCAGACGCUGAGAUUGAGAAUGCCGUCAAGUGGGCGCACUACGGCAUCAUGGGCAACAUGGGCCAGAUCUGUACAGCCACAUCGCGUAUCUUUGUGCACGAAGAGAUCUACGACGUCUUUCUGCACAAGUUCCUGGCCUACAUCGCCAAAACCAGCAUUGUCGGCGACCCCUUUGACGCAAACACCUUCCAUGGCCCGCAAGUGUCAAAGGCCCAACAUGAGAAGAUCCUCGCGUAUACCGAGGCUGCCCGUUCAGAGGGCGCCACGAUCCUGACGGGGGGUGACAUUCCUGCUGCCCGUCCGGACAAUAAGGGCUUCUUCGUUGCGCCGACAAUCAUCGGAAAUGUGACCGAGGAGAUGAGCGUGUAUCGCGAGGAGAUCUUUGGGCCUGUGGGAGUCCUGGUUCCCUUCCGCGAGGAGAAAGAGGUGAUCCGCAUGGCUAACAAUAGUGAAUACGGGCUGGCGGCGGCGCUCUGCACUCGAGACAUCGCCCGGGCACACCGAGUCGCGGGCAAGAUCAAGACCGGGAUGGUUUGGAUCAAUUUCAACCAGCCAAGUGACUAUAGAGUGCCAUUUGGGGGGGUCAAGCAAAGCGGGAUUGGCCGAGAACUUGGGCAGGCGGCGCUGGAGGCUUAUUCGCAUCUCAAGUCGAUCCAUAUCAACUUGGACUGA